ACUCUCCGAAUCUAACUCUCUACUUUAGUUUAUCCUCUGUGACCAAACCCCAUAAUAUCCCAUAAAAUCUCUGGUUCGGAUUUCCAUUCUCUAUGUAGUAAAUAUAAGCGUGACAUAAAAAAAAUCAAAACAAAACAAAAUAAAUAAUUGAAAAAAUUCGGUGUCACCUCGUGAUUUUUCAGUCGAUAUUAAUUCUCUACAUUGUUUAACUAAGAAAAUAAGUGCAAUAUGUUCCAUUCAUUGUUAUAUGUAUUGUUAUUCUACAAUGUUGUCCACGGAUACAAAGUAUUGGACCGAGCAAGACGGGAAAAACAUCAUUCAAUUGAUUCAGUGGUCGAUAAUUCUCGGAUCAAUUCAUUGGAGAAUCUUCUGAAGGAGCAACAUGUUUUCGAAGAUGCAUUGGAGAACUGGACAGGUCGAUGGAUGCCAGAUCGCGAUCCUAAGCCAACAGCGAUUCCGAAAACUCACUAUGAUAAUGCUUCUUCUCGACAUUCUGGUGGCGUUCCCAUGGGUCCAUCUGAUAAUUGCGAUGACGGACAAACUAAUUUAGAAGUAGAUUGGAAUCACUCUCCCGUGAAUCACACUUGUUAUGGCCAAAGGAUCACGCCGGAUUUAUCAACUGAUCCUACAAUUUAUUGUGAACAUAUUCCAGAAAAUUAUCAGGCGCUACAUAUGUGUAUGUCGGAUAAUAUCGAAUAUGAUGAUGCCAUCCCAACGUACGGAAAUCAUCGGCCGGUGUGGCCGGUCUACGGUGAAUACAAAUUUCUUCCGAAACAGAGGUGGUUGCACAGUCUGGAGCAUGGUGGGGUCGUGAUGCUGUAUCACCCGUGCGCGAAUCCCCUAGAGGUGCAACGCCUGAAGGAUAUAGUCAAAAGCUGCCUCAGGCGUCACGUCAUCACCCCCUACAGUCUUGUCAAUGAGACCCGGCCAUUGGUGCUGGUGGCCUGGGGAUGUCGCCUAGAGAUGUCAUAUGUAAAUGUUCAAAUUAUUCGUAACUUUAUCCGAGCAAAAGCUCUUCGGGGGCCAGAGGCUAUCAGCAAGGAUGGUAUGUUCUCCGACGGACUAAUCAAUAAAUCAACAAUAGUGACAGACAAGGGCGACACUACUUUGUGCCCUCAACAUUAAUUUCAUUAAUGUAGGAUUUUUGAAAUUUCAUUCUUCAGAGAUUGCAAAUUUUCAAAACGGAAUUUUCCUUCCAAAAUGGUCAGAAGAGAAACGUGAUUAUUUCUAAAAAGUUUGGUAGACUUCUGGAAAAGUUCUCGGGACUUGUCCUGAAAUUUCGUGGUUUGAGGCCAGUAGAUGCAAAUAAUCCAUAUUAUUUUUUAAAAUUAUAACUGGAAAAAUAUCUUAGUUUCUGUCUUGUCUCAAUGACUACUCCAUUGGAUCAUUCAGACUAAUGAUUUUCCUCUUCCACAGUAUUUGAAAAUUCUGAAUAAUUUAAUAUAUGACGUUUCGCUUAUUCAGAUCUCAGUAAUUUAACACGACCAAGAAGCAUAAUAAUUCAUCUUGUCUAAGUUGAUCUGAUAAACUGUUAUCUUUAUUAUACCAUUAAUUUGUACAGAUAUUUGUUAAUUAUGAUGAAUAAAUAUAUUAAAUCUGUGAAUGAA